GCCCCUCCCCUAAACAAAAUAGGAAUUUGAGGUUUUGUUUGCCCGCAAGCCCUGUCUGAGAAAAAUAGAAAAUUGCAGAUAAAAUGGUAAUUGCAAUAGGAUUUGAGGGAAGUGCCAAUAAGUUGGGCAUAGGAAUAGUCCAGGAUGGGGAAGUACUUGUUAAUGUCCGUAAAACCUACAUAACACCACCAGGAGAAGGAUUUCUCCCCAGAGAAACUGCCCAGCACCAUCGUAGUAAGAUCCUAGAAUUGCUGAAGGAGGCACUUCAGAAUGCAAAGAUAUCUCCACAGGACAUUGAUGUGGUAUGCUAUACAAAAGGACCCGGAAUGGCGCCCCCUCUGCUGACCGUUGCAAUUGUGGCCAGAACUGUGGCUCAGUUGUGGGAUAAACCAAUUCUCGGUGUAAAUCACUGCAUUGGGCACAUUGAGAUGGGUCGACUAAUUACUCAAGCUCACAAUCCCACAGUACUUUACGUUAGCGGUGGGAAUACGCAGGUGAUUGCCUACUCCCGGAAACGGUAUCGUAUUUUCGGGGAGACCAUCGAUAUUGCAGUUGGUAAUUGUUUGGACAGAUUCGCGCGGAUUAUAAAGCUAUCCAAUGAUCCUAGUCCAGGGUACAAUAUUGAACAAAUGGCCAAGAAGGGUCAAAAAUACCUGCAACUUCCAUACUCCGUUAAAGGUAUGGAUGUGAGUUUCUCAGGAAUUCUCUCGUAUAUUGAACGACAUGCAGUCCCACCGAAACAUCCUGGGAAGCAGAAGGCCGUAGAACAAUGGAAUCCAGAGGAUUUGUGCUUUUCACUGCAGGAGACAGUAUUUGCCAUGUUGGUAGAGACAACGGAACGCGCAAUGGCGCAUUGUGGAUCAAAUGAGGUACUCAUUGUGGGUGGGGUAGGUUGCAAUGAGCGCCUCCAGGAGAUGAUGGGCAUUAUGUGCGAAGAGAGAGGAGCAAAACUUUUUGCCACCGAUGAACGAUUUUGCAUUGACAAUGGUGUGAUGAUUGCUCAUGCUGGUGCUGAGAUGUUCAAAAGUGGCACAAGGAUGCCCUGGAGAGAAGCCACCAUCACACAGCGCUUCCGCACAGAUGACGUUGAGGUAAGCUGGAGAGAUGAUUGAUGAUUCAAUAAAAAUAAUUUAUGGAUUUUAAAAA